UUGUUAGGAAUUGGAACGGUGAUAAUUAAUAUUCCGACACUUACGGAGCUUGUUUUAUAUGAUAAUCAGCUUGAAGUUUGUGAUUUGUUUUACAAUUAUAGGAACGUUAUUAUUAUUUUUUUUUUUUUGUUUUCUGUACAGGCGGUAGUUUAUUGCGCUGUAAUACUUACUGCGUUGCAGAAGAUCUCUCAUCUCGAUGGUUUGGUCAAUUUGGUGUCACUUGAUCUUAGUUAUAACAGACUCAGAAAAAUUGAGGGGCUGGAUAACUUGGUCGCUUUAAAAGAGAUCUUUUUUGUUCAUAAUAAGAUUUCGAAGAUUGAAGGACUUGAUGCUCUCGUUAAUCUUGAAUAUCUAGAACUAGGCGAUAAUUCUAUCAAGAAAAUUGAGAAUAUCAACCACCUGACUAAAUUACGUGAGCUAUAUCUGGGUAAAAAUAAAAUAUCGCGCAUUGAGAAUGUCGAUAAUCUUCACAACGUCACCAUAUUCAGUGUACCGGGUAAUCGAAUUGUUGAUUUGGAUGGAAUAGAAGCAUUGCCACAAGUAGAAGAAAUUUAUUUGAGCGAUCAAGGGAUAAUCACUCUUAAUUAUUGUAAUAAAAAUUAUUUUUGUGCAAAAAAAGAGUUAACUAUUAUUGAUGCUGGAAAUAAUCGCAUUAACACGAUGGAUGGCGUACAAAAUCUCCAAAGGCUUGAGGACCUUUGGCUGAAUGACAAUAAAAUAGCGGAUUGGCAUGAAGUAGAAAAGUUAGAGAAGUUAUCUGCUCUUCGAACCAUUUAUUUGGAGAGGAAUCCUAUCUACAGCGCAGAUAUGAGCAGCUAUCGUCGCAAAAUUAUGCUUUGCUUGCCUCAGAUUACACAAAUCGAUGCAGUAAGAUGCCGUUGA